CAGAACUGCACUGUUUUGGAUGGAGAACGUAACAAUGGUAACUCCUCUCACACAGCCUAUCGUGUUCGAGCUGGAGGGCUUCUAUGUACCACCGGGCUAUGGCGUCUUCUUCUUCUUCUUGGCUCUGCUUAACUACAUGGUCAUGCUGUUGGGGAAUUGCGUGGUGCUGUGCGUCAUUGUCAUUGACAAGAACCUGCACAGACCCAUGUUCGUAAUGGUUUGUAACCUGGUAGUUUGUGAUCUGUUGGGGGCCACAGCGGUGCUGCCUCGCCUCAUGAUACACUUCUUGACGGGCCAGAAGAAAAUCGCCUACAUCCCAGCCAUCGCCCAGGCCUUCUCUGUGCACACGUACGGCGUCGCAGCGCAGACUAUUCUGGGUGUGAUGGCCUAUGACAGGUAUAUUGCUGUGUGUGAACCACUCAGGUAUCACACCAUCAUGACAUCAGCUCGGCUGCACUCCUGCUGCGCCCUGGCCUGGUUGGUUGCUCUGCUGUUUAUUGGUGUGCUCUUCGCCUGGCACGUGGAUACCCCGCUGUGUGGCAAUAUCAUCCAACACAUCUACUGCAGCAACCGUGGUAUCCUAGGCCUGGCCUGCAGUCCCACCCCUAUAAACAACAUUUAUGGUCUCUCCAUGUCCUGGUUUGUGAGUACAAGCAUCUUCCUCGUCAUUGCUUUUUCCUACUUCAGAAUCCUGCAUGCUUCUGUAAAACGAGGCAGAGCUGACAGCACCAUCCGAAGUAAGGCCUUUCAGACGUGCGCAUCGCACCUUGUUGUGUAUGUGCUCUACGAAAUAGCUUCAGUGGUCCUAAUUGUGAGUCAAAGGUUCCCUUCCAUCUCGCAAAAUAUCAAGAAGUUCUUCAGCAUCCUUUUCAUCAUCAUCCCACCAGUCAUUAACCCCAUUAUCUAUGGAUUGGUCAGUAAAGAAUUACGUGCAAGCAUCAUCAAGCAUUUAACCUAUGUCCAAGUCAGAAAAUGA